CUGGCUCGUUGGCCGCGCUGAUGCACCCACAGGUUCCCAAAGCUGGUUGCACCAGAUAGGAGAAGCACCGCAGUAUCGCCCUAGAGUCGCCCACGCACGCUGUGCCGGAGGACAUGCCUUGCUACAAGGAGCUUGCUUUGGUGCCUCUGGAUGCGGGAUUCAUCCGAGGCUCUCAUUUGGUGCGUUCUGGCCGUGGGCCACGUUCAGAGGUCGAUACAAAGACCUGGGAGCCAGCCUACACAGUGGAACAGGCGCGUCUUGCGGAGCUCCGACAUGCCGAGGUGCUGAGCCGCUCGGCCCACGCCCACCUGCGGCGCAGCGGCUCGGCACCGCUGAAGUGCGAGGCCACGCUUGAGGAGAGCAAGUAUUUUCGACGUCUAGGAGCUCCGAUCCCUUCCCGCACCUCCCUGGGAUUGAGGGGCUGACACGCUCGUCACAGUCUGAGUCUGCGAAGGGCAGCACGAGUACAACGCGUUUCUCUAUCCCGCCAAGCGGGAUCACACGUCAGCAAAAAUGUUAUCGAGGUUCCCUUUGGCAGUUGGGAAGCUACUAGGGGCUCCUGGCCUUACUACUAGGAGCAAGGACGCUCCCCGGGGCUCCUGGCAUCGCUAUUAGGAGCAUUCUUACUAGCAACAAGAAGCUACUUUGGACAGACUGCAAGGUUGUCAUUUGAACCGGAGAGACUUUGGACGAAGCGGAACAUCUCCGAACCGACUGCUAGUGUUUGGGUCAGCUUUAUACAUCUUUUUGCUUCAGUUCAACAGGGUGUUCUGUUCACUCCAUGCUGGGCUUUGAGUGAAGAGCCUGGUGUGUGCAGCUGUUUGGCUUCAAGGGACCAUGAGGACGCA